GUCUUUCUGUAAUUCUGUUUUUGUUAAACUUGGGUUUUCUUUUCAUGGAUUUGUUUCAAAUGAUGAGUUAAUAAGCUUAGUAUCUGGGUUUUGGAUUGAGAUUUUGAAGAUAGAAGGACAUAAUAUAUUUAUUCGCUGCGAUAAUGCCAUAAAGGAAAGGUUCUUUGACUUUAUGGCAUAAAGAGAAAAUAAGAGGCGCUUUUAUUCUAGAUAAUGAAACUAGUAUAGAAAAAGAAAAGGGUAUUGGGUAUUCUUUCGUUGUUUCUUCUCUUCUAAUUCACCUGAAGGCUUAGGCUAUUUCGAGUCAUUUCGCCAUCCAUCUUGGUCGGCUGUCGUGUUUCUUGUGAGUAAAGAGCAGGAGCAAGUGCAUCGGUUGGUAAAUGGGUUUCUAAUUCUUUUGUCUUUCCGUUUCUGGUGGUUUACAGUCCAUUGUGGAUUGGAUUAAUGUACGAUGCAGAGGUCACGUAGAGCUCUUCUUCGGAGAAGAGCUUUGGAGAAUGCCAUUACUGGAAGGAAACGGUUUUUCAAGGUGUCUCUGUCUCUGCUUGCUGCUCUAUGGGCUCUUGUGUUCCUCUUAAACUUCUGGAUUAGUCGCAGUGAUGGGUAUAGAGAUGAAUCAGGAAUGCCAGUUGAUGAAUCAGCUUGGCUUGAAGAAGCUAAGCUGGGACUGAGUAAAGGGUCUGAUUGUGGAGUUGAACUUCCAUCUGCAGAAGCUAGUUCCAGGCCUUCUGAUCAGAGGUCAUACACUUCUGGUGCUGAGACCAAGCUCAGUAAUUGUGAAUCACAGGCUAGUGAAGGAAAACUAAAUUAUCUGUCAGCUGUCAAAGAACAAGCAGAUGUGAGAACCUCUUGUUUGGGGGCAAAGCUAGAAAAGGAUACUGCAAAGAGUGACAGGUUAGGUCGUACUGCACCUCUUGGUCUUGAUGAAUUCAAAAGCAAAGCAAUCAAUCCUAAAGGAAAACCUGUGUCUGGCCAGUCUGGCAAUGUGAUACACAGAGUGGAAACUGGUUGGACAGAAUAUAAUUAUGCUUCUGCUUCAAAGGGAGCAAAAGUAUUGGCUUUUAAUAAGGAAGCAAAAGGAGCCUCUAACAUCUUGUGCAGGGAUAAGGACAAGUACCUCCGAAAUCCAUGUUCAGCUGAAGAGAAAUUUGUUGUCAUAGAACUUUCAGAAGAAACAUUAGUGGAUACAAUUGAAAUAGCAAACUUUGAGCACCACUCGUCCAACUUGAAGGAUUUUGAACUGCUAGGCAGUUUGGCUUAUCCAACAGACAGCUGGGACAAACUUGGGAAUUUCACUGCUGGAAACGUGAAACAUGCACAGAGGUUUGCUCUUCAAGAGCCAAAAUGGGUGAGAUAUCUCAAGCUGAAUCUCCUUAGCCACUAUGGUUCAGAAUUCUACUGCACAUUGAGUUUUGUGGAAGUGUAUGGAGUGGAUGCUGUUGAGCGCAUGCUGGAGGAUUUGAUUUCUGUUCAAGAAAAUAUAUUGGGAUCUGAUGAACCAACUGCUGAGCAGAAGCCAACACCCCCUCAAGCAGAGCCCAUAGAGAGUGAGGAUGCUUAUCAAAAUCUUAUUACAGAAAUUGACUCUGAAUCUGGACUUGAAAACUCCAACUCAAGACGUGAAGUUCCAAAAACAAAUAUUCCUGACCCAAUCAAAGGAAUGCGACCUCAGCAGCUGGGAAGAAUGCCUGGCGAUACUGUUCUUAAGAUACUGAUGAAAAAAAUACAGUCACUGGAUUUAAGUUCUUCAGUUUUGGAGCGUUACCUGGAGGAAUUGAACUCCAGAUAUGGCAGCAUUUUCAAGGAAUUUGACAAUGAAUUUGCAGAGAAAGAUGCACUUUUGGAGAAAGUAAAAGUGGAUAUUAAGGAACUUUUUGACAGCAAGGAGGUCAUUGCCAAUGAUGUUGGUGACCUCCUUACUUGGAAAUCCCUUGUUUCCUUGCAACUAGAUAAUCUACUCAGAGAUAAUGCAAUUCUCAGAUCGGAGGUUGAAAGGGUGCGGCAGAAUCAAAUAUACAUGGAGAAUAAGGGCAUCCUUGUUUUUGUUACAAGCUUCAUUUUUGGUUCCUUAGCAUUUGUGAAGUUGUUUAUAAAUUUUGUGCUGAGUUUGAGUAGAAUAGAGAAAUCCGGGAAACUUUGUAGGACAAGCUCUUCCUGGCUUGUCUUACUGUUGAGCUGUAGUAUCAUAAUUAUUAUCAUCCUUUUAUAAUCAUAAUAUAUAUUGAUUUACUUGUCUUACUAUUACUAUGAGAUUUAACCCA